AUGGGGAAGACCAACAGCGCUCUCAACGCUUUCAUCACUGGCAUUCCAGAUGACAAGUUGUCGGGAUUCAAAGAUAUAAUAUACGCAUUGUACAAGGACACGAACUUCACUUUGGUCCACGAGGGACCAACGACUAGUUAUCCCCAAUGCCACGACAUUUACAUCCAAGCAAACAUCGACUCGGCGCUGAAAAAGGAAGCCAAAAUCAAUGUGGCAAAGGCACUGGUUCCCACCGAUGGGUUAUGGAGUCCUCAACAGAUCCGGCAGGCGCUUCUAUCAAGUUCGGCCAGGUAA